AUGUAUUCAUUUCUUUCUUUCUUUCUUUCUUUCUUUCUUUCUUUCUUUCUUUCUUUCUUCCUUCCUCUCCUUUCUUCUUUUCUUUUCCGUUUUUUCCUUCUCCAUAUAAUUAUUCCGUCUUUCCAACUUUCCUUCAUUCCAUCCUUUCUUUCUUUCCUUCUUUCUUUCUUUCUUUCUUCAUUUAUUCAUUCAUUCAUUCAUUCAUUUUGUAUUUUCUACGCCCCUAUCAUCCAUAUCAUAAUUUCUUUCUCUCUUUCUUUCUUUUUAUUUCAUUUCAUUCAUUUUUUCUUUCUUCAUUCAUUACUGUAUUUUCUAUAUUUCUACUUCCCUAUCCUUCAUAUAAUCAUUUCUUUCUUUCUUUCUUUCUUUCUUUCUUUCUUUCUUUCUUUCUUUCUUUCUUUCUUUCUACAUUCAAUUAUCCAUUCAUUUAUUCAUUCAUUUUCUAUGUUUGUACUCCCCGAGUCUCCAUAUAAUUAUUCCGACUUUCCAUCUUUCCAUCACUGCACAUUUUCAUUCUUUCUUUCUUUCUUUCUUUCUUUCUUUCUUUCUUUCUUUCUUUCUUUCUUCAUUCAUUCAUUCAUUCAUUCAUUCAUUCAUUCAUUCAUUCAUUCAUUUUGCAUUUUUCUACAUCGCGUAUUCUCCAUAUUGUCAUUUGUUUCUUUCAUUCUUUCUUUUUCAUCAUUCUUUCUUUCUUUCCUUCUUUCUUCAUUCAUUCAUUCAUUUAUUCAUUCAUUCAACUUGUAUUUUUCUAGUCCCCUGUUCUCCAUAUUGUCAUUUCUUUCUUUCUUUCUUUCUUUCUUUCUUUCUUUCUUCAUUCAUUCAUUUAUUCUUUCAAUGUCUAUCUUUCUACUCUUCUACCCUGAAAUAUAA